AUUUAAGUCAAUUGACAGUUGGACUUCACAUCAUGAUUUUGGUAAAAUGAUUUAGAGUUUGUGGAACUCCUUCCUAGUUGAGGGAUAUUGGGGUUUCAAAUGUAAAGAAAAGCUAAAGGCUCUCUGAAUGCACCUGAAGCAAUGGAACAAGGAUGUGUUGGGUAAUAUUGAUAGCCAACUAGAUGAAGCCUUAAAGAAUAUUGAGGCAAUUGACAUCAAAUGUGAAGGCCAAGAUAUUACAGAGGAUGAUAUGCUCAAAAGGAAGGAGGGAUUUGCAAACCUUUGGCAGUGUUUAAAGAAAAAAGAAAGUUUGUGGAGGCAAAAGUCUAGAGCUAGUUGGAUUAAAGAUAGGAAUGCAAACUCUCAUUUCUUUCACAGAAUAACAAAUGGGAGAAGGCAAAGAAAUAUGAUUCAUGGUGUUGAUGACAAAGGAACUUGGAUUGAUGAUCCUAAUCAGGUCAAGUUAAUCAUCUUGGAUCACUUUAAAAAUCAAUUUUCCUCCCAACCUCAAAACCGACCAUCCUUGGAGCAUAUCUUCUCUAACAGCUUAUCUAGAAAGGACAGAGAAAUGUUGGAGGCUGAGUUUACUAAUGAGGAAAUCAAAGAAGCAGUCUUCUCUUGUGCAAGUGACAAAGCCCCUGGACCUGACAGUUUCAACUUCCACUUUAUAAAGUCUGUAUGGAGCACUAUUGAAGGAGAUAUCACUAACUUUAUCAAAGAAUUUCACAAGUAUGGAAGGUUGGUUAGAGGUAUCAAUGCUUCAUAUAUCACCCUUGUUCCUAAGAAGAAAAAUCCCACGACUUUCAAAGAGUACAGGCCAAUUAGUAUGGUUGGGAGCCUUUAUAAAAUUUUAGCUAAAGUUUUAGCUAAUAGGCUACGGAAAGUCAUUGGAAAGGUUAUCAACAUGACCCAAUCUACUUUUGUAGAGGGAAGAUAGCUUAUUGAUAGUGUCUUGGCACUCAAUGAAUUGGUGCAUGAUUUAAAAAGAAGGAAGGAAAUGGGUAUCUUGUUUAAGGUAGACUUUGAAAAGGCUUUUGACUCAGUUGAUUGGGAUUACCUUGAUUCUAUGCAGUCUUCCUUGGGGUUCAGAGACAAAUGGCGUGGGUGGAUUAAAGAGUGCUUAACUUC